AUGUCAAAAACAAUAAAAAUAGUCAUUCUAGGCAGCGGCGCAGUUGGGAAGUCUGCUAUUACAAUUCAGUUAGUCUCUGGACAGUUCAUUCAAAUAUACGAUCCGACUAUCGAAGACUCAUAUAAGACGUCGAUAUCUGUUGAUGGUGAAAUCGUCCCAUUAGAUAUUUUGGACACUGCGGGACAAGAAGAGUACUCUGCGUUACGAGACCAGUACAUGCGAUCUGGUGAUGGAUAUAUCAUAGUUUAUUCUAUAACAUCCACAUCAUCGUUUUUAGACGCCAACGUCAUUCGAGAACAACUCUAUCGAGUGUUGGACAAUGAUGAUGCCGCACACUUCCCAAUUGUGUUGUGUGGUAAUAAAUGCGAUUUGGAGAACGAGAGACAAGUGUCCAUGAAACAGGGAACCGAUCUGGCACACGAAUGGAAAGUCCUUUUCUUUGAAACGUCGGCUAAAAACAAAAUCAAUAUAACAGAGGCUUUCCAAGAACUCGUCAAAGAUAUCAAAUUGCACAAAUUGGAUGAUGAAGAAAACAAUGAGUGUGAUGACGAACUUAACAAUGAUAAUAAAUUCAAAACAUUCUUCUCGUCUGGAAAAUGCGUCGUGUUGUAA